AUGAGCGACACCAGGUGCCGGUGCCGGAUGCCGGACAGCACCACGAUCUCCGUCUGGAACUCCGGCAGCCCCUGCUGCGAGGCGCGGGUGGCGCGCUUCACCGCCACGGGCGUGCCGUCACCGAGCACGCCCUUGUACACGUUCCCGAAACCGCCCACGCCGAUGAGGUUGCGCUCGUGGAAGUUGUCCGUGGCGGCCUUGAUCUUCGCCAGCGAGAUGUGCAGCUUCGUGCUCACCCUCUCCAUCCCGCCGGUCUUGCGCUCUCUGGACCACCGGUUCUUCAACUGCUCAGCCCAGACGGAGGCGCCGUACUUGGUGUACGGCACGCCGAAAAAGCAGAGCACCACGCAAGCAAGAACGGCGGCGCUGAGCACCACCGACACCGUAACGACAAUGAUUCUCUUCGUCCCGCCGUGCGAUCCCCUCGAGCUCAAAUCGACGGGUGGCAGCCUCAUGAUCUCCAGCCCGUUCAGUAUGCCGCCUCCGCUGCUUUUCGGCGACCAGCCGAUGCUGAUGGUGAGGUUCCCGGCUCUCGGCGCCCUGGCUGCGUAG